AUGGCUACCCUCACCAAGGUCGACUCCGCCGUUGCCGGCCUUCCCCCGUCAGCAGAGAGCAAGAAGAAAGAGACGACGAAGAAGGGUGCAAACCCUGAUGUCAUGAACAUCAAAGACCUAGCGUUGCUUAUGUUUCUCUGCUUCAACCGUGCAGAAGAAAAAGGGAUCGAGCUCCAAAUAGCCAUAGAAACACAGAAGCUCAACUGGAAGCUCAACACCUCACCUUCGUCCCUGGAGGACAAGGAUGCCCUCAAGAAGUUCCUCACCACACCCCCCGUCAAGAAGAUUGACCUACACUUCCCACUUGGCCUUGAGGUCACUGCCCGAAAUCUCAAGGGCGUAACUAUCAAGGAUGCCCUCGAUGCUAUCUACAAGCAAUUCAGAAAGAAGGCCGAUGACGAACUAGAUAACCCCAUCCUAGCUGGAUUCGAGUGGGACAAAGAGGAGUCAUGGACAAGACUCAUUGUACAUCAAAAGAAGGAAGGCGCACCACCACCCAAGAAGAGCAAAAAGAAGGGUGCCGCCGCCGAGUAG